AUGGGCCUGCCCGUCGGGUAUCGCCCGGAUCCGUUGGAGAAGAGGACGAGGUGUAAGAACAAGGUCCAUAUGCUUCCGCAUCGGAAGAAGUCAUCCCAAGAUCGAUCGGCGUCGCUCGACCUCAAUCUCUCCGCCGUUGAGAACGAAGGGCUGGGCAUAUACACAAACCUGGACCGCGACCAACGAUAUGGCGAUGCGUACGUCACAGCAGCACGCUUAGCGGGGUCAGUCGGCCAUAACCGCUCGAUUAGCGGCAACUCCCAGUACUCUACCACCUUGACAAUGUCAACCGCGAAUAACAAGCCUGGCUCACAAUAUGUUCACCCGAUGCGACAAACCCCGCGCCCGCGCACCCCUAUCAGUCGAUCACAUCAAAAUUCCACCAAUGACAGUGCCUCCGAUACACUGCAAUUCCCAGAUCUCGAUGUCCAAACCACUAUCAAUAGCCGGGAGCCAUUCAACCAAUCUUCCUCUCUAAAUUCCAACAUGGAACCGCGUCGCUCUUUCAACGUCCAGCGAGAAUUGCGCCAGACGUCCUCGCAAACCAAUGUCGGGAGAACUUCUUCGUCUUUCAGUCGCGCACUAGACAACAACAGCGCACAGGAGACCAUUUCGCCUGUCUCCAGAAGCUCGCUUGAAUUUGCAUUCCGUUCCAAGAGCCGCCCCAGCACAACCGACCCCGUGGCGCGCGCAGCAGCUAUUCAGGCCGCCCGGCAGGCUUUUGAAGAUCGAGAAGCCGCCAAAUCGCGCAAGCAUGAGCAACGACACAUGAAAGCGCAGGAUCGAGAAUUACGACGCCUAGAGCAAAAAGAACACCAUCAAAGCUCUGGAAAAGCGCCACGUCUCGCAGACUUCACUUUCCGAAACCAAAAGCUUAACGAAAAAGCCGCGAAUCCGGAUAGCCAGGGCCGAUCUGGACACGGCGCUGGAUAUCGAAACGAAGAGGAAAAAGCCGGAUUCAAGCUUAAAAGCCCGAAGAGUGCGUGGCUGCUUUUCCUAACGUGGCUUCGGACCCGGAUCUUCAAGAUGGGGAAGAAGAUCAAGAAGAUGAGCUAG